UCACAUUCAAGCAAACAUUAAACCCGUUAAACCCUUUCCGUGUUCUUCUUCGUCUGCUGACUGCUGUUCUAACCCUCCAUUAAACCCUCCCCACAACUAACUUCAAACCAUAUAUAUUAUUUGGUAUCGCAAACCCUAAGUUUACGUAAACAGGAAAACGACUAUAAUCUUCAAAUUCAAAACUAAGUUGACAUGGGUCGUUCGAAGGCAUCUUCAAAGAAACCCCAGCCUCGUGGUGUCGAUUUCAAGAAAUUCAAAAAGAAGUUGGGCAGGAAGUUACCCCCGCCAACCAAUGCGACUAACACUGAAAUUAAAUCUAAAGCUAUAAUUCUUCCGGAACAGAGUGUGGCGUUGGAUAAGGAGGGUUUAGCUGUGAGUAAAAAAGGACUGACAUUGAAGGAACUGUUACAGCAAACAUCUCAUCACAAUGUCAAAGUUCGUAGAGAUGCAUUGCUAGGUAUUAGGGGAUUGUUGCUUGAAUUUCCAACCGAGUUAAAGUUGCAUAAGAAUGCCAUUAUCGAGAAAUUGCGUGAACGUAUCAGUGAUGAUGACAAAGUUGUUCGUGAAACACUUUAUCAACUAUUUAAGACCGUUAUUUUUCCAGGAUGCAAGGAGGACAUUCAAGGGGCUCCAAUAUCUCUUUUGAUGGCCUAUAUAUUUAGGGCAAUGACACAUUUAUCAAAUGAUGUUCGCUUUAUGGCAUUUAAAUUCCUUGAUCUCAUGGUUCAGAUUCAUCCUCCUGCUUUUUUCAUGUACACAGACAAGGUGUUAGAUAGUUAUAUGGAUUUACUACAGAAGAACCAAUUCAAUUUAGAGGAUAAAAGCAAGCUUAGGUUUGCUCUUUCUGCACUUGUUCGUUGCUUAUCAUUGUUGCCAUCUAAUGAAAGAGAAGUUCGGUCUUCUGGACAGGCUCCUGUCAAUAUACAAGUACUCCAUGCUUUUGAGAGAGAUGCACUGAAAGAUUCUACUGGAGAUGUAUUGAUUAUUGGCAAACUGAAGAAUCUUGUGCCAGUUUUAGUCAACUGCUUUUAUGGAUUAAUGCCAGUGAUCCAUCCUCAGCUGCAACUUGACUCACAUUCUUUUGUAUGUAUGCUCUCUAUACUUCAGAGCUUAGAUCAAGUUGUUCAAUACGUGUAUGAAGUCAGAAAGUAUCAACUGGAUCUACGUUCUUCAAUGUCCUUUUUUGUAAGCACAGAGAUCCCUAUACAGGAUGAGAAGGUCCCUUCUUCUUUGUUGGAUAGGUUGUUUGCUGCUUUUCCCAUGCAACAAGCACGCUCUCUUUCUAAGGAGAAUGAUCACUAUGAUCGCAGAUAUAUGAUAUUGAAUUCGGUAAUGUCCCGCAUAUUCUUCACUGUGAAUCAAUACAUCUGCCCGCUACCUAGUCUGCGUGAUAGAUUCUUGACCUUCGUAAUAAAUCAGCUCUAUGAGAUUGAUGAAAGUAACGUGUCUGAUAAAACAUUCUAUGACAAAUAUUUGCCUUCGCUGGUUCCCUUUAUUCCAAAUUUGGUAUUAACAGUAGAUGAUCAGGAACACCACCUUCUUAAGGCUUUCACCAUAGCAUUUGGAAAUUGCGGAACUAAUUCAUCAAUGAAAAUGGCCUGCCUGGAAGCAGUAGAAGAAUUGCUUGUUCUUAAACAAGAAAUUCUAUUUUCAGAUGUAAGCAAUAUAGAAUUACUGAAUUGUCAAAAGGCUUGGGUAUGCGAGAUUGGAUUGCUGCUGAAUUCACUUGGCAAUAGACUCCCAUCAAGCAACCAUGCAGUGUUGUGUCUUCUGCUUCGCCUAGGACAAAUAGGACUAUCAAACAGUGAUCUUGCCAUGGAAUAUGACAAAUUGCAAGAUGAAUUGCAGAAGUAUUAUUGCGUGAGCUCAGAGAAUGGUUAUAUAUGCUAUGGUCCUUUUAUAGAACUUCCAAAGGAAUCGCAGGAAAUUUCCAUUUCUUGUCUCUAUUAUUUUUCUUCUCUGAAAGGGAACUUACUUGCCUCAUUGGCGUUAUGCUGUUUAUCUAACUCCUUGGAAUCCUCUGUUGUAUUGCGGAUCAUGGAAGUUAUACAUUCAUCUUAUGAAGCUGGUCACGUCCAGCUUACAGACUUUAUCAGCUUUUUGGUGACUUUGCUUUCGCAAUAUGAAGUCACUCCAGAGGAAGCAUAUAGCAUCGCGAAGAAAGAGGCCAACUUAUUGACUUUUAAAUCUAUUACUGGACGUGUAUGCUCUUACUUGAGCCAGAUGGGAGAUCCAUCUCUAGUCUCUCAGAUAUUAGAUGAUGUUUUGCUUGAUCAUAUAUCACAGAAGUUACCUGUGGAUAAUACUUGUGCAUUGAUGGCGAUGCUUAUAAGUGUGAACUCCAGCCCAAAAAGAUUCUCAGAGAAAAGUAUCAUUAAGCUUGGUGACAUCAUUUUGAGUUACAUGAUUGAUAUUGCACUUUUAUUUCCAGCACAUGAGGACGGGCAAAUGGAAUCCAAGAGCUUAUGUACUUGGCAUUAUUAUCUACUUCCUUGCUUUUUCCUGUUGGAUCGAAGCCCCAUGAUCGCAAAACUUCUGUUAGAUAAAAUGGGAUCUUUGUUGGAUGAAUCUUGUGAAUUACCUUUCUUGAAUGACAUUCAGCUUAUACAAGAUCAUCCAAGAAAAAUAAAAGCUAUUUUUUCCAUCCUUUUAAUGAUGUCCAUGGAUACCAAAAUGCGAAAAGUUCUUUCUUCACGCAAGUCAGAGAUUGACAACAUUUUUCAGAUCAUACUUUUAGCACAGUCCUCAGUGAUGGGCCGUAUAAACUUUGUAGAGAAAAGCAAGUUGCAAGAUAUCAUAGAGAGGAUGAAGAAUCUGAUUACCGACAUAUUCAGCCUUACAUCCUGAUAAAGCAGUUUUUAUUGCUUAUUCCAUAUCCUCCUCUAUGGUUUCGCUUUGGCAGGGUUUUUUGAAGCAUGAUAUUGCAUUUAUAUUACCAAAUUCGGGAACACUUCGUGAUGUGCAUAUAAUUUAAUCCGAGGCGUUAUUUGGACUCAGAUCUCUACUCAAUUUUGAUAGAAUUUUGUUAGGUUAUUUGCAAAAUAUCAUCUUACAUUAUACAAUCCUUCCGUUUAAUUUUGUUAUUGGUUUAUGCUCACUCAUUAAUUCAUAAUUUGUAAGGGUUAAGAAUUUGUGAUGUUAAUUAAUAGAGAUAUUUAAUAAAUUAAUUUAUAUUUUUAAUUUCCAAUGUAAUUAACUUUAUACAUUUAAUGACAUUAUUA